AUGAGGGGUUUGUUUCCUGUGGAGUGGAAGGAAGAGAUAAAAGGAAAGGAUAAAGUAGUCGUCAACACGCAUGCAGGGAGAGGUCGAAAGAAAGGUCUCUUGGAGCUUUAUAACUGGCUUCAAGGGCAUCUUCCAGCUAAUAUGACAGUGGACCAUGAAAUGUAUUUUGUAGAAUGUGUUGACUUUGCCAAAUCCUUCAUCCAACAGUAUAUCAAAGAGGAUGAUGUAUUAUUCAAAGUGCUCUUGCAUCUGCUUUGUGUACCUUGUUGUGCAGAACAGGAUGAAAAGGAAAAGGUUGCAUUGGAGGAUUGGAAUGGCAAUUUACUUUUCCGUGUCUCAGAUCUUUUCAAUCCUGUACUCUUGUUCCAUCUUUUCCUAUUAGAGUUGAGCUAUGACCAUCAGGUGCUUCUUGAUUACCUUAUUUCAAAAGAUACCAGAAUCAGUUGUGCAGAAUAUCUUUUAAGGUGCUUGCGUAAAGUGUGUGAUUCAUGGAGCUUAUUUGUGGAAUUUCUAGUGGGUGGGCAAGCUACAAAUCAAUCAUUUUGCAAGAAAAGAAAAGUUUCAUUGGGUGGCUUGAGUUCCUGGGGAGAGGAUUCUCUUGCACCAACAAAAAAUCAUCUUACAUUUCUUGAUGAUGAACCUGAUGAAGAAACUGAAAAUGGCUGCAAGCACACCCAAAAUGGAGGACAGUAUUUCAAAGAAGCCAAAGAGUGCUUACUUUCACUUAAAAAUUUCUAUUGA